AUGAAGCCCUUAUUGUUUGGUUAGUGAAAAGUACCAUAUUUGCUUCAACCACCAGACUUCUGGCCUGCCUACACAUUAGGGACAGACCAUUAGAAAAGUUCUGGGGGCGGGGAAGGGGGGAUUUUCAAGCCGUAUGAAUUUUUUUGGCGUCAACUUUUUCCUUCUAUGAAUUUUUAAGGCCAAUGCAUUAAUAUUGUUAGGGGUCUUGACUUGGUGUGCAUGAUUUUUUGUUUUAUUUAAUUUUCCCUUGCGCGGAUAUGUUUUUGUACUUCGCCCCCUCCUUAAAUUUUCUAAUGGUCAGUCAAUUAUUGGUCUUUUAGGAUUCAUACGCUCUGUACAUUCUUAUAUACUUAAGAAUGGGCCAUUGGCAGCUAAGCCGUCACAUGGUGUACAAAAACACCUCGCAUGGACUCAAACAACGCUUGAGACGUUGAAAGAAUUUUUACGUUAUGGAACUCUUUUGGUUUUCUUGCCCCACGUCCGUUUCUUCACUUGUGUCUUAUUUUUUUCUUAGAAAUUCCCAAUUUCCUAUCUGAGGAAGAAUGUGACUAUAUCAUAACACUGGCCAGUGAGAACGAGCUCAUGAAUAGUGUUGCAAAAGGAGGGCUCACAGAGGCUGAUAACUGGAAAUUUGAUCCAUACAGUGAGUAAUAGCACGGCUUCAUGAAUCUUAUAUUAAGAAAUUAGAGAGUGAAACAAUGUACAGUCUGAGAAAACAGCCUACAUUUUGCGACGCCACCUCUUGUUUUCCCGCGAAAUAGCGUCUCACAAACGAGCGCAGAAAUCAUAUACAGAUGACGAUCACUAACCAGAUCUGGGUAGUACUUCUGAUUGUUGGUACCGCGCGGGAAAUUUGUUUCAACCGAUUCAGGAAGCACUACCCGGAUCUGGGUGAUGACGCCGCCGUCAGCCUUCAUCUUCUUCUUUUACGCCAAAGAUCUCUCAGGAUCUGUAGACCCACUCUGAUGCUGUAUUAUUGUUAAGUCUCUCUUCUCAGCAAGGCUGAUAUCCUGCGAUGCCGUUGGCCAUCAGUAUGAAAUUUCUGCAAACGUUGCUCAGACGUCAUUUCGCGGGGAAACCAGUAGUGGCGUCUUGAAAUGGCGGCUGUUUUCUCAGGGUGAACAGCUAGAAAACUGGUAGAAAUCACAGUAUAGCAAGACAUGUUUUCGACCGGCAACCUGUUGUUCUGCCCAGAAUCAAAAUCAAAAAAACUUCGGUAGUACCACUUUUCCGGAAGAAACUCUUGAAAUGAAAGAGAGAGAGAGAGAGAGAGGAGGGGUGUAGAUGACAGUCCCAAUUAAAGAUUUGCCUGUAACUUUUACCAGGGAAGCCGAAAUUGCGAAACUCCGUGGAACACGAUUCAGUAUGAACGAGGACCUCUCGGGUAUCAACCAGUGCGGCAAGACCACGUGAAACACUGCUAUGCAACUUAGGCCUGGCCAAACCUAGACCUUUCAUGAGACGAACGAAACUUACCGAGUUACUCAUCAAAGGUUCGACCUUUGGCUCAGUUUAGUUCUCUCCGUCCAACGUUUGACCCAACAGACGAUCUUAACUUAAUUUAGGUCGACCAAAUAAAAUUAGAGUUUGGUUUGCUUCAUUUUUGGUCUAGGCCCUAGUGAACAGACACUAACUACAAAAGCAGCAGCUAAGGCCUUUCCUGAGACGUACCAAACUCUAAGGUGGGUCGACCUAAAUUAAGUUAAGAUCCUCUGUUGGGUCAGACGUCGAACUUAAGACGCGUUGAACCGGAAUUAACUGAAUCAGACCCGAGUCGGCCAGCGGGUGUUCAAUAAUCAAUUUUCUCCCGGACGAGACUAAAUAUACAAAUUUUAAAUUUAUUGGUUUAGUUCCUCGCAUGUUAAGAUAGAAUUUUGUCCCAGAGACGAUCAUCAGACGUUCUAUCCGUCUGCUUCAGACGGAUAGUUAACAAAUCGUCCACAAUUUUCCGUGAUCUGCGCUCUUAUAGACCAUAGAAAUGACGUGAUAAAAUGUUCAAAACUCAAGUGGAUCCACAAGCCGCAGGCGAGUGUUUUCACUGCAAAGUAUUAAACAUUUUGUGGUGUCAUUUCUAUGAUCCAUAAGAGUGUAGACCAUGGAAAAUUGUGGUCGAUUUGUUUUUUACAAUAACAUUUUUUUUACGAAAAACCAAAAACAAAACAACUGGCACUGCGUUAUAUGUUACGUCAUUUCCAUGGUCUAUACUCUCAUAGACCAUAGCUCUCGUCCAAUCAGCGCGCGAGGAUUCACUCAGUUAUUGUAAAAAAGUUGUUGGACGAUCCAAACUCAUUCAGACGAACUUAACUGAGUCAGACGUCGAACUUUACAUGAACAUAACUCACUAAGUCUGGUUCGUCACACGAAAAGUUCGACGUUUGGCCAAGGCCUAAGAUCAAUUUGAUUGUUCCUCUUUAGUGAUUGACGUUUAUUGUUUGUACAUUUUUGAAUAGUAAUUAUUACGAGCAACGCAUUCUUUAAGAUGAAGAUCAUUCAAUCAAUUAAAAUUUCGUUUUAGUUCAAGGCAAAGCAAAUGGACCCAGAGGACUGUAUAAAAACUGGGACUUUGAUCUAGACGGGAAAAUUACUAUAGAGGAGGUGAGGUUAUAGCUUAGCGGCGGUCUUGAUUCCAGGAUAAAAAUAUGUAGUAAACAACACAGUUGAUCCUAUAUCAUUUACUGAAUUCAUGACUAGGUACGGUUCUAAAAUAUAUCAGUUUGACGAAGACAAAGUUUAUUUGCAGAUAAAAAAGUUUGCAAAGAGAUACAGAUAUCUUUACCUCACGGACGAGGAAGUGAAAAAGAUGUAAGUUGUCGCCGUCCAUCUACUGUAGUGUGUACUGUAGAAUGUUGUGUUAUAAUGGUUCUAAAUGAGUUUUUUCGCAACCAGUUGAUUUGGAUGAUUAUUUAAAACAAGGGAUAUUAAAAAUAAUAUUUUGUUAUUUGUUUUUAGAUUCACCGACUUGAACUUGCACACUUUUUUAGAGGAUGGUAUGUAACUACUAGAAUAAGCUUAAAACUUUGCACAACGACUCCCAGCAAAACGCCACAACAUGCAACAGGAUGUGCAAACGGACGCAAUGUGUAACAUCCAUAUCCAACAAUGUUCGGAUCGAGUUGUUGGCCAACACAUGUUGCAUCCGUUUGCAGGGGGCUUUACUGUGAUUGACAGUCUUAUCUUUGCAUUCAUUGCCUCUGGUAUAUUUCAAAACAAAAAAAAGAAAAGAAAAGAAAGCUACAUCAUCCUCUUGGUCUAGACAGAUCACGCAUGCCAGAUCGCACUAAGGGUGUAGAGUGCGCCUCUUACUUGCGCUAUCGAUUCCGCGCUUUAUGUGAUAAAAUACUUAAUGAACAUUUCUGGGGUUGAGGAGUCUUUCUCGGAGCAGAUCAAACCAUGUUAGACCAGGAUCUAUUAUGGAGAAAAAAAAAUGUAGAUUUACAUCAAAUUUGCUCGAGGUAGAUAUCAUGUAUACUGAAUCGCAAACAAAGAGGAAAAGCAAUGGCAUGGCAAAUGCCGUAUUUCCUCUCUAACUUACAUGCAACCUCAUGUGAAUUAGGAUACAAACGUUCUAUUUACAACCUUUGCCCUUGUUUUUCUCCUAGUUUUUUGCCUAAUAUUUAUCUCGAGCAAAUCAGAUGUAAAUGUAUUCUGUGAGAUCUAUUUGCCUUGAAAAGAAGGAAUAUCAUGAUGUGUAUAUUCACUGAUAAGAACAACUGCUGAUAGCUGAUAGUGAGUUAUAUGGUUUAAUCAGACCUCUCUUUUUUCCAAAAUAGGCAUAAUUACUCCUGAGGAGUUUGAACAUUUGAACACCAUUUUGAUCGACAGUUACAUGUAUGAAAUGGGUCGUAGCCAUCCUCGCCACAGAGAAAGAUUCAGUGAACAAACAUGGCUGACGCAAGAACACGAAGACGGGCUUCUUCAGGGAAUUCGCUUGAGGUACAAUAAAACAUGUCCAGUUUCUUGUACGAUGAAAUAUUUAGAAUUAUUUUAAUUUCAUUUUAGAUUAAUGGGUCUUUUUUCACAUCAUAACAUUUAACCUUAUGGCUAAAAGACAAACGAAGAAAUAUAGUUUUGUUAAUCAGGAGUUCGAGUAGCUGAGUUCGCUUAGCCUGUAUUUGCAAGCUGUUCGCAUUCAUUGCUGUGUAUUUUACUUUGCAACCCAGUCUUCACGCUGUAAGGGUUGAAUGCAAAACCCCAAACCACUUCCACAUUUCCCAUAAUGUACCUCAUUCGCCUCCCAAAAUUAUGCAUAACCUUGUUUUUCAUUUCUCGUGGGUAUUACACACUGUAAUUUUCAGGGAGUUAUAAUAACUCCUCUAGUGGGGCUAAUUUAACUCCUUACAUUGGAGUUAUUUUUCGUGGAGUUAUUUUAACUCCAAAAAGGAGUUUAAAGAACUCUUUUUCAGGAGUAAAAGAGACCCCAGAUAUUGAGGAGUUGAAAUAACCCCAAAAAAGGAGUUAUCCUGUACCUAAAAUUUUUACUCCACUUUCAGAGUUAAAUUAACUCCAAAAAGAGUAAAAACAACCCAUGUAAGGAGUACAAGUAACCCCAUUUCGGAGUAAUUUUAACUCCAGACUGGGAGUAAAAAGAACUCUUUUUCAGGAGUAAAAAUGACCCCAAAUUCGGAGUUAAAUUAGGAGUUAAAAUAACCUCAAAAAAGGGGUUAUCCUGUGCCUAAAAUUUUUACUCCAUUUUUGGAGUUAUAAUAACUCCCUAAAAAUUACGGUGCAGCCAUUCCAAGAGAAAUUGAAAACAAUGCUUAUGCAAAAUUUUUUUGGGGAAAAUAAGGUGAGGACUUUACACAAACAAAAGCACCAAGUCAGAAAAUGUUAUUCCCACGCCGGAAAUCGAACCCGGGCCGUAUAUCGGUGAAAGCGCCGAUUAUCCUUACCAUGUACUAAACCAGGUAGGAGUGAUUGGUUCCUGGAGGCAGAAGUAAAGAACUUUAUGUCACUUAAGCGAGAGUUGCUAAAUAAAACAAACCGCUUUCAUUGUAAAAACUGUACUUUUACCUAUUCUAACUGAAAGUAAAGAAAAAUUUUCUCAGGCAGGCCUGUGGCGACGAGCGAGAGCGUCAAAACCGUAACCAGUGGUUGGAGAACAGAGACAUACACAGUGUCAUACAGCUUAAAUGAAUAGGAGUGUUUAUAACUUAAUUAAUAUGCAGCGUUUUUAACUGAUAACUUAUGAUCACAGGUUGUCAUAAACAAGUAUAAAUAAAACUGUUUUGUACAUUGUUGUCUCAUAGGGUUCAAGCCCUAACAAAACUCCCGGAUGAGAUAAUUUACGGAAGCGAGUACAUACAGGUACGAUGCUGAUGAAGAUUCAGCUUGUACCCUUAAAUCUAAGUCUACUUUUUCCUGAAGUGCUUACCAAGCGUUUAAUUAUUGAUUAUCCACUUAAAUUUAUAAAUUUGUAAAUUGUACGUUGUUUCAUUGUCUAAUUAUAAGAUGGAUCCAAUCUAGAAAAAAAAACCUGCUCUUCUAAUUACCUAUGACCGCAAUUUAACUUGGGGUACUAAAUUAAAAAUGCCGUUUUUAUGUACCUCUAUUUAAGUUGGCUUGGUGCAAUUUUUUAAUUCUUAUUACCUGACCUUUCCUUCGUUCUCUCCUGUUCACCCCUGUUUUUAAUCCGUUGAGUAGUCUCCCGGCCAAACGGAUGUUUCAUAGUGUAGUUCCUUUGCUCUGUGUUUUGCUUGCAUUGCUUCGCAGCCGUUGACCGAGCUUUCUUCUGUUUACUUUAGUCUAUUCCCAGUUCAUAAGGUAAACCCACAAUUAUGCAUGAAAUUUGAUAUAAAUGAUGUGUGAUUAUAUGUACCUCGACUGUAUGCUAAUUAUCUGGCAGGUUGUUCGUUACGGAGUUGACGGACAUUACCACGCCCACCUUGACAGUGAAACUCAUGAGAAUCCGGAGAUACGCUGUUGUCAUCAGAUUCCAAACGCUGGAACAGAUGGCCGUGGAACAAAAUGCAAGUUGUGCAGGUAAUAUAGGGAUGUCUAGUGCAGCGGCUCACUAUCUAGUAUGACAAUAUUUUGGAAAUCAAGAGAGCAUUCUCUCAUGUGGAAACAAUGGAAUCGAAUCUCUGUAAAUGGCAAUGUGAUCCCACUUGCUGUAAAAAUUUGUUGCAGUUAAGUUGCUCUUACUGCAAUAUAAAGUUUCCGUUUGCUCUACGUUGCUCUACAUUGAGCAUCUUCUUUUUUUAAAGUCACACGAUCUUUACGCCAGAAAGGUUCGUUUAAUUUUCCUAACAUCUUAAACUAAUCACUUUGUCAGGUAUGUCACAAUCCUGUAUUUCUUGAAUGAAGUACCCGCCGGUGGUGAAACAGCGUUUCCAUUAGCUGAUAAUGCCACUUUCGACAAAGAGGUUUGUGUAAUUUGCUGUUCGCACUUCUUUCUAUUCUAUCGAAAGUAUUUUUUAUGCUUCAUUUUCUUUAUGUAAUAUUUUUCCCCUCUUACCCCUCCCUUACAGACGCCCACGAGCCACCCAGGCUAAGUGAAGAUCGUCAAAAGUAAUUUCCAAUUAACUGAAACGCUCCCGUAAAAUUUUCACUUGCAGCUUAUAGGAGCCAUUCGACCAAAACAAGACCUUUACAACCUGAGGGAAUAUUGUCAUAAAUCGAAUUUGGUUGUAACUCCCAGAAAAGGAACUGCUAUCAUGUGGUAUAACCACUUCAUGGACCCGGAAAGUAACUGGAUGGGAGAAAUGGACCCAUAUUCAAUUCACGGAGGAUGCGCGGUAAGGAAAGGGAUCAAGUGGAUCGCAAAUAAUUGGAUCGCCGCUCCAUAUAAAAAGCAUGCUCAUGUCCCAAGCACAUACAAACUCGGCCCGGACACUUCUUUUACCGAAUGGGUGUGA